AUGCUCUCGGCGAACCAUCAUUCCCAUCAUUCUAUCCAGGUAUUGUUCAUUGACUACUUUCCACUCAUCUCACCAAAGACUGAUAAGAUGACUAUGCUGGAAAUAAUCGGAAACACUCUUCAAAUGAUAUUGCCCGCCUAUUUUUCCAAGAUGCGAUUUGAAGAAGAAUUGAAAAUGAUUGAACCAUAUUACAACGGAACAAAAACAUGGAGAAAACAUUUGGAAGGAGUUGCAUUCAAUAUGGUCAACUCGAAUCGAUAUCUCGAUUAUGCGAGCCCAACUUUGCCCAAAACAGUGUUCAUUGGAGGAAUGCAAGUGAAUACAAAUAAAAAUGGAAAGGUUAAAUUGUAUGAAGAUUGGGAUGAUCUUUUGAAUCAAAGAAAACAAAAUGUGUUAGUUUCAUUUGGAUCGAAUGCAUUCUCUUCGGAUAUGCCUGAUGAGUUCAAAAAAACUUUUUUGGAAGUUUUUGCAUCGACGCCAGAUGUGACCUUCAUUUGGAAAUAUGAGGAAGCAAAUGCGACGUUGGCAAGUCAUCUGAAAAAUGUUAAACUGACCACUUGGAUGCCUCAGAAUGAUUUAUUGGCUGAUCCUCGACUUACCCUUUUCGUCACUCACGGAGGUCUCGGAAGCUCAAUAGAACUUGCGCAUCAAGGCAAACCGGCAAUUGUUAUCCCACUAAUGGCUGACCAGCCCCGUAACGCCCAUAUGCUAACCAGACAUGGUGGAGCGUUACAACUUGGAAAGAGUGAUCUCAAUGAUCCUGAAAUUAUUCGAAACGCGAUUCGAGACGUUCUGGAAAACAAAGUCUAUCAGGAAAAUGCAGAAAGAUUGGCGAAAAUCUUGAAGUAUCAACCGUACAGUCCAGCCGAUGUUGUUUUGAAGCAUUGUGAUUUCGCUGUGAAAUUUGGACCGUUGGAUACUUUGCAAUCAGAAGGGAGACAUCUAAAUUUGUUCCAGUUUUACUCCUAUGACAUUUUUGUUGUACUAUUUCUGAUUGUAUUAUCCAUCAUAGUUAUUAUUGUGUUGAUUUUUACCGUUUGCUUGAGAUUCUUCAGAAAGUUUUCCAGUAACAAGGUCAAAAAGGAGUGA